AUGCCCGGCGAACUCCUCAGGACUGUGACCGCGAGCCUCUCGCGGCCCACCAAGCGCAAGAUGGAGCCCUCGACCGACCUUUUCCUCAUCACCGACCAGGACGUCGCGUACGAACAGGACAUCCAGCGCAAUGCCGGCAGCGUCAAGCCAUGGCUCGACUACUACAGCUUCAAAAAGUCACGUGGGAGCAUCCUGGAGCAGGCCUUUGUGCUCGAGCGCGCAGUCACCACGCUCCCGCGCUCCUACAAGCUGUGGAAGCUGUACCUCGAGUUGCGGACAAAGCACCUUGCCAACAAGAACCCAGCCAAGUUCGCGCCCCACUAUGUCAAGGUCAACGCCCUUUUCGAGCGUGCCCUUGUCCUGCUUAACAAGAUGCCGCGAAUCUGGGAAAUGUACCUCAAUUUCCUCAUGCAGCAGCCGCUCGUCACCACUACCCGCCGUACCUUCGACCGAGCAUUGCGCGCCCUCCCCCUGACCCAGCACAACCGCAUUUGGGCCUUGUACCGACCCUUCGCGACGUCUGCAUCCGGCGAGACGGCUGUCAAGAUCUGGCGCCGGUACAUGCAAAUUCACCCCGAAGAUGCUGAGGAUUUCAUUGAGCUCCUCAAGGACAUGCGCAAGUACACUGAGGCUGUCAAAAAGUACAUGGAGAUUCUCAACAAUCCUCGCUUCAAAAGCAAAGAAGCAAAGGGGCCUUUCCAGUUCUGGACUGAGAUGAUUGAUCUUAUCAUCGACCAUGCUAAAGAAAUCGAUACCAGCGACGACAGCGGUAUCGACGUCGAGAAGAUCAUCCAGAGCGGCAUCACCAAGUUUCCCGAUCAGCGAGGCAUCCUGUGGGUCGGUCUGGCACGUUAUUGGAUGCACAAGGGCGAAUACGAAAAAGCGCGGGACGUCUUCGAAGAGGGUGUCACUACAGUCAUGACUGUGCGCGAUUUUUCAGUCGUUUUCGACACAUACGUGGAAGCCGAGGAAACCAUGAUUGGUAUCAAACUGAACGAGGCCGCUGUCCGGUCCGAGAAGGGCAAAAUCGACGAGGCCGCCGACGCCGACCUCGACAUCAGAAUGGUUCGCUUCGAGUCACUGAUGCAAAGAAGACCAUUCCUACUCAACGAUGUUAUGUUGCGACAGAACCCGCACAACGUUAUUGAAUGGGAGAAGCGCGUUGCGCUCUGGGGCGACAACAAGAAAGAGGUGGUACAGACAUACACCGAUGCCAUUGCCGCGAUCAACCCCAAGAAGGCAGUUGGCAAGUUCCACGAACUUUGGACCAACUACGCCAAGAUUUACGAAGCCGGUGGGGAUCUUCAGAAUGCGCGCGUUAUUAUGGAGAAGGCCGUUAAGGUGCCCUUCAAGUCCGUUUCCGAGCUGGCUGAGAUGUGGUGCGAAUGGGCAGAGAUGGAGCUCCGCAACGAAAAUUUCGACAAGGCCGUCGACAUCAUGGCCAAGGCUACGCAGGCACCAAAACGAUCCAAUGUCGACUACUUUGACGAAUCUCUUUCCCCACAACAGCGUGUACACAAGAGCUGGAAACUGUGGAGCUUUUAUGUUGAUCUUGUCGAGAGUGUUAGCACUUUGGAAGAGACAAGAAAGAUAUAUGAAAGGAUUUUCGAGCUUCGAAUUGCUACACCGCAGACGAUUGUCAACUACGCCAACUUGUUGGAAGAGAACAAGUACUUUGAAGACUGCUUCAAGGUAUAUGAGCGUGGGUUGGAUCUUUUCAGCUAUCCUGUCGCUUUCGAGAUUUGGAAUCUUUACUUGACCAAAGCCGUGGAUCGAAAGAUUGGUAUGGAACGACUACGAGACCUGUUUGAACAGGCUGUCGAGGACUGCCCGCCAAAGUUUGCCAAGGUACUAUAUCUCAUGUACGGUGCCCUCGAGGAAGACCGUGGUCUGGCCAGACAUGCCAUGCGCAUCUAUGAACGUGCUACACGCGCCGUAGCAGAUGAAGAUAGGAUGGAAAUGUUUAAUUUCUACAUCACCAAGUCGGCAUCCAACUUUGGUCUUACUUCUACACGACCAAUUUACGAGCGUGCCAUUGCCGCUCUGCCCGACGCAGAAGCCAAGGAAAUGUGUCUCAAGUUUGCUGAGAUGGAACGACGUCUGGGAGAAAUUGACCGAGCGCGAGCCAUCUACGGCCAUGCCAGUCAGUUCUGCGAUCCGAGGACAAACCCCGAGUUCUGGAAGAAGUGGGAGUCUUUCGAAGUCCAACACGGAAACGAAGACACCUACAAGGAGAUGCUGCGCAUUAAGCGGAGUGUCCAGGCUCAGUACAAUACCGAUGUCAACUUCAUCGCCUCCCAAGCUGUUGCCCGCGGCCAGCAAAACGGUGCGGCCGCCAACGAAGACGGGACCGCAGACCCUGCCGACGAAGACGCAAUGGCUGCCCUUGAACGCCAAGCUCGUGCACCCGCUGGCUUUGUCGCUGCUAGCACAGGCCCGCAGGGCGGCAACAUCAAGCCUGCCGAAGAGCCAACGGCGAACCCAGACGCGAUCGAUCUCGACGACGAUCUAUGA